AUGGUGACCAGAAAGAAAUGCUUGCUUCUUGGAUUGCUUGCUUUUUUGCUGGCUGAUUUGGGCAUUAAAAGUGAAGAAAAGAAAGAAGAAGAACAGAACUGUUGGUUGCCGGGCAAAUUUGAUUUGAAUGGAUACGCAGACGCCGAAAACCAUCCACUUGUCAUUGGAGGACUGUUUCCUAUUCACUCCAGGACCAGCCCAGAAAAUAAGUCUAUUUUGGAGCCAGUAUCAGCAAAAUGUGAAGGGUUUAACUUCCGGGGAUUCUGCUGGAUGAAAACCAUGAUCCACAUGAUCAAGGAGAUCAAUGAGAGGAAGGAUAUUUUGCCCAACAUCACUCUGGGCUAUCAGAUCUUUGAUACCUGUUUCACCAUCUCCAAAUCAGUGGAAUCGGCUUUGGUAUUCCUCCCAGGGCAGGAAGAAAACACGCCCAAUUUUAGAAAUAGAACUGGAGUGUAUCUGGCAGGAAUUAUUGGAGCAGGUGGAUCAUCUUUAUCAGUUGCUGCUUCAAGAAUUCUAGGGCUGUAUUAUUUACCUCAGGUGGGUUAUGCUUCUACCUGCUCAAUUCUUAGUGACAAACACCAGUUUCCAUCUUAUCUUCGCACAAUUCCCGGUGAUAAGACCCAGUCAACCACCAUGGUAAAACUUCUCCAGCACUUUGGCUGGGUCUGGAUAGGCACUUUAGCAGCUGAUGAUGAUUAUGGAAAAUACAGAGUGAAAAAUUUUAAGGAAGUAAUGGAGACUGCCAGUCUCUGUAUGGUGUUUUCCGAAAUCAUUCCCCCAAUCUAUUCCAAUGAGAAAAUGCAGCAAGCUAUAAAUGCUGUAAAGAACUCCACUGCCAGAGUCAUUGUGCUUUAUGCAUCUGAUAUUGACCUCAGUCCUUUUGUGCUUGAAAUAGUUUACCAUAACAUCAUUGACCGAACAUGGAUAGCAGGUGAGGCCUGGAUCACCUCAGCCCUCAUUGCAAAGCCUGAAUAUUUCCCCUAUUUUGAUGAAAGUAUUGGAUUUGCAAUACCAAGAGCUGAUAUACCAGGAUUAAAAGAAUUUCUUUAUGAUGUACAUCCUAGCAAGGAUACAAAUGGUGUCCUGACCAUUGAAUUCUGGCAAACCGCUUUUCACUGUACUUGGCCCAAUAGUAGUGUUCUAUACAAUAUUGACCAUAGAGUGAAUAUGACUGGUAAGGAGGACAGACUCUAUGCCAUGUCUGAUAAAUUCUGUACUGGAAAGAAGUUGGAGGAUCUUAAAAACACCUACCUGGAUGUGUCGCAGCUAAGAAUUACAAACAAUGUCAAACAAGCUGUGUAUGCUAUGACUUAUGGCCCGGACAAUCUAAGUAGAUGUGAAGAAGGCUAUGGACCGUAUAUUCCAGGAAACACCUGUGCAUGUAUACCUGACUUUGAGCCUUGGCAGUUAAUGUUCUAUUUGAAGACACUUAAGUUUACAACCCAUAACAGAAGGAGAAUAGAGAUUGAUGAAAAUGGAGAUGUGUUUGGAUACUAUGAUAUUAUAAAUUGGCAAUUAAAUGACAAUGGUGAGAUUGCCUUUGUGAAGGCUGGAGAAUAUAUAUUCACAAACUCUAAGUAUGAGCUUGUGAUUCAAGAGAAUGCAACAAUAUUUUGGAACACUGAAUCAUCAGAUCUGCCCCAUUCAGCGUGUACUGAUGCGUGUCCUCCUGGGACCUGGAAGGGGAUUCGCCUUGGGGAACCAAUAUGCUGCUUUGACUGCAUCCCAUGUGCUGAUGGACACAUGUCAUGGGAACCAGGUCAAAGGAAGUGUGACCAGUGUGAUGAAGACUAUUGGUCAAAUGCACAAAAGAGCAAGUGUGUGCUGAAAGAAGUGGAAUUCCUUGCUUUUGAUGAGGCAUUGGGAUUCACACUUGUCAUUCUCUCCAUGUUUGGGGCCCUUGUGGUCUUGGCAGUCACAAUAGUGUAUGUGAUAUACAGACACACUCCCAAUGACCGGGAGCUGAGCUUUCUCAUUCAGAUUUCUCUUGUUAUCACGUUGCUGUCUACCAUGCUCUUCAUUGGCAAGCCAUACAACUGGUCCUGCAAGGCCCGCCAGGUCACUCUGGCACUUGGAUUUUCUCUUUGCCUGUCUUGCAUUCUUGGAAAGACUAUUUCACUCUUUUUAGCCUACAGAAUCUCCAAAUCCAAAACCCAUCUUACAUCCAUCCACCCCCUUUAUCAGAAAAUCAGUCUAAUCUCUGUUCUAAUUGAGAUUGGCAUAUGCACAGCCUACUUGGUAUUGGAACCCCCAAGAGUGUACAAGAACAUGGAGUCUCAAAACAAAAAGAUCAUUCAGGAAUGCAGUGAAGGUUCCAUAAAAUUUUUGUGCCCUAUGUUUGGGAUUGAUGUCUUCCUGGCCUUGCUGUGCUUCCUUAUGACCUUUGUGGCUCGCCAGUUGCCAGAUAAUUACUAUGAAGGAAAAUGCAUCACCUUUGGGAUGCUGGUCUUUUUCAUCAUCUGGAUCUCUUUUGUCCCUGCUUAUUUGAGCACCAAAGGUGAAUUUGAAGUGGCUAUGGAGAUAUUUGCAAUCUUGGCAUCCAACUAUGGUUUGUUGGGUUGCAUAUUUGCUCCCAAGUGCUUCAUUAUUCUUCUGAGGCCAAAGAGGAACACUAAUGAAAUUGUUGGUGGAAGAGUCCCAACUAUAGAUAAGACAAUCCAGCUGACUUCAGCCUCUGUGAGCAGUGAGCUUAAUAAUACCACGGUGUCAACUGUUGUUCUGGAUGACUAG